AUGUCUGACAAUGCGUGUGCGAUCGAUCCAUGCGGCGGUGUUUUUAACGAAGAAUCGGGUGGCGAACUAUUUCGUUUACACCCUAUGUCUGCGGUUAUGUCUUCUGAUGAAUCAAUACAUCGUAAACGGGUGAGAGAUUAUAGUGAUGUAGACAAUGAUGAUUUUAUUGAGGUAAAUAGAAAAUCGAAGCGGUUAAUUAAGAAGCAGUCGAGAAGAAAUGCAGUAAACGACAAUCAGGCAACGAACAAUAGUUCGAUUCAUUCUCAAAGUUCGGAUAUAAUAUAUGAGGUUACUUUGACGUCAAAAGAUCAACUUCCUAAACAAAUCGCUUUCGCAAAAUUGUUAAGGGACUUGAACAUUAAGAAUAUUGUAAGAAUUAAAUUUAAAAGUAAUUAUAAAGUAUCGAUUGCUUUUGGAGAUAAAGAGAAUGCUGACUUCUUAAUACAAUGCGAAGAGUUAAUUAAAAGAGAUUGGAGAUGUUAUAGAACUGAUGAGCUGAAAUUUUGUUAUGGUAUAGUGAGGCAAAUAGAUUUAGACACAAGUAUAGAAGAGUUACAAAAGAUUUUUGUAUGUGAGAGUGAGAUAGCCUCUUUGCGGCGUUUACGUCGUCAAAAUAGUGAAGGGAUAUGGGUUGACAGUGAAACUAUUCGCAUUUGUUUUAAGAGUACCGCUAUACCGCCUUAUGUUUCUGCAUACGGUUGUCGUUUUAUAGUGGAACCGUAUACAUUCCCAGUCUCGCAGUGUGCGAAUUGCUGGCGCUUUAGUCAUUUGAAAAAAUUCUGUCCACAUAAAAAAAGUGUGUGCCCUAAGUGUGGUCUUAACCACGAGAAUUGUGACACAAAAUUUUUCAAAUGUGUAAAUUGUGGCGGUCCACAUAUGGCGAUUGAAAGAAGUAAAUGUCCGGAAUUUAAAAAAGAAAAAGAGUUAAGAUGUAUAAUGAGCGCGGAGAACUGUUCAUAUAAAAAAGCAUUGAUGUUAUAUACAGAGAAGAUGAAAACAGAAUCUUUAGGAAGUCAGAAUACAAUAGUGGAGAAUACAAGUAUAAGUAUACCGAAUGAUAUGGGUGUCGAUAGGAAUGUUGGAACUUACAGUGGAGCGGUAUUAAACCAGAAUAAAAAACAUAUAGAUAAGGGAUACACAAACGAUCAAUUUUUAAAUAAGGAGUCGGAGAACAUUUCAGUGAAAGAGGGACAAGAAGUUAGAAAAAAAGUGAAAAAUAAACCCAAGAAAAACCGUGAUGAUAGAGAGGUAACUGUAGAUCAGGAAAUAAGUGAGUGUAAUGGAGAAGAUGAUGAACCCAGAGAGAAGCAUAACUUUAGUUUUAUUAGGUUACUUAAUAGAUUAAGAGACAUUAUUUUAUCAAGAAAAAUGCUGAGCGAGAAAUUCACGGACGUGUUAAGCGUAAUGUUUGAGGAGUGCUACCCAUUGGUAGCGGAUUUAUUUAGAAGGGGAGAAUUAUUCUCUAAUCUUCUAUCUAUUUUCGGUCAUGGAUAG